UCCAUUCCCAUCUUAAACCCCCCAAAUUCUAAGCCUGGUUCUCACCUCCUAUCCCUCCCUUAACCGCCAUGGCCUACCCAAGAGUUGGUGCUACCCACUUAACCAGCGCCGUCACCACCGUCGAGUGCCACAAACAAGUACGGUCAUGGCGCCUUCUCCGCUCUCUCAUCGAACUCCUGAUCCCAACUUGCCACUGCACCUUCGUAGAAGAUGAUCAUCACCAUCAAGAAACCAAAGAAUUUGGCUUUCACUAUCGGCGUCCAAGCUUUUCUUACCCCAACAACAUCAUAACCGGCACCAUAUUUGGGUACCGAAAAGGGAAAGUCCAUUUCUGCAUCCAAACAAACUCCAAGUCCAACCCAAUUCUCCUGCUCGAGUUAGCUCUACCCACAACAGUCCUGGCCAAGGAAAUGCAAGGAGGGUUUCUCAGAAUAGCCCUCGAGUCUUCUACUCCAGGGUAUAACAGUAAUUCACCAAACUCCAGCUCUCUGUUGUCCACUCCGGUGUGGACUAUGUACUGCAAUAGCAGGAAAGUUGGGUAUGCGGUUAAGCGAAGGCCUACGAAGCAUGACUUGGAAGCUUUGAAGAUGAUGGGUUCGGUUGCGGUGGGUGCAGGGAUUAUAAGUGGGAAGAAGGAGCUUAGCGAUGGUGAUGAUGAUGAGAUUAUGUACCUGCGAGCUAAUUUUGAGAGAGUUUGUGGUUCGGCAAAUUCGGAAUCGUUUCAUUUGAUUGACCCAGAUGAGAGUAUUGGCCAGGAGCUUAGUAUUUUCUUUUACCGUUCCAGAUGACCAUAGAUUUUUAUGGUUCAUGGAGAAAUUGGUGGGCUGGUGGCCAUGGUGUAUCUACUUGACUUUUUGCUUUGCAAGCAAUCCAUGAUUUUUACCCUUCUUUUUUGAGCUUUGCUUUGAGUAGCAAGCUUUGUUUUGGGUAUCAAUUAGUUAAUAGUUAUAUAUAAUUAAUGGUUCUCGGGUUUA